GUUAAACAAUCGGCCUGUCUGUUAAACAAUCAAUAUGCUAAGUCUAUUUAUAGAUUAACAUGACAACACAAACGUAGCCGAUAACACCCGCAUGCCGCUAUUAUAUCCCGCUAUGAUGUGCUUAAAUAGAUGCUUAAACACUAGUGACUAGUUGAAGUGAAACACUUAGGAGUUCAUAAUAGUAUUGACAUUGUCUCUCGUAAGGUGCUACUGUUCUUGUGUUUGGUGUUGUUUCAUGAUGCUGAAAAUGUGUAUCAGUCGGGGGGAUGUAGCAUAAACAGCUACCAGUUACUGUCUAGUUGUGUUGUCUAAUCUUGUUCCCUUGUGAUUGGCUGGCACUAUGGUGCCAAUCUCCAUCAUUUACAAGCAUGCCAAAAAACAUAUUUAUGGUUUGCUAUGGUAGUGGAGACUAUGCCAAUAUGUUGGCUGAUAUAUGGUAGUAUAACUAUAAGUACAACAGCUAGCGAAACUAAUAAAGCCCAGGAAUGACAAUAAAUCCAUGGCAAUAAGUCAGCAAAAUAUUUAAAACAGGCAACUACAAAACACCCUCUUUCAAAUGUAUGCAGUGACAAACUGAAUAUGCUCUGUUGGGCUAUGUUAUGCAUUUUGGAUGAUAGAGAUGAGGAAAAAGCUAUGACUCCUGUAAACACAAAAGCAUGUAACGGCUGAUAAUCUUAGAAUAUAAUACGAUUAGGAUAUAUGCAUCAUCUUAUUGCAAAAAGUGUGCAGCAAUAAUACUAUGAUAGAAACAUUAAGAAAGCGAAGGAGAUGGCUUUAGCUCACUACCAACUCUGUUUACCUGGCACAGUUUCCCUGUAAUAAUACUGCGUUCAUCGUCUUCAAACCAUAUGUGCAUUUAUAACAGAAUGUACAAGAGUACACCAACAGAUAGCUCUCAUACCUACAUAAAACAUAUUGAUUAACAAAAAUCAUUUGUGUUUUGGAGACACAAAGAUUUUGCAUUUAUGUGAUCAAUGUGUCCUUGCACAGGAGAUGCUGACUGAUGCCGAGUGACUUCUUCUUCUUAUACCCUUUGCUCCUUUUGGGUGCAUAGGCCAUUGACGAAUGUCCUCCAUUUCGCUCGGUUUUUGGCAGGUCUUUCAACGUCUCCCCAGUUGAGUCCUUUCCCAGCCAUUGUGGACACCACCGGAGGUACAAAGACGGACAUAAAAAGCCGGAUCAUGUGGAGUGACUAUGGCUGUUGUGCUGCAGGGCCAGUGAGUUGGACAAUGUCUGGGGUCCAGAUCCAGGCCUAUGACACGACGGUGCUGCUGCCCAUCCUCUACCUCGUGGCCUUUGUGGUGGGCCUCCCCUCCAACCUGGUGGCCCUGUGGGUGCUGCUCUUCCGCACCAAGAAGCAGCCAUCCACCAUCCUGCUCAUAAAUCUGACCACCUGUGACCUGCUACUGCUGGUGGUGCUGCCCUUCCGCAUCGCCUACCACUUCCAUGGCAACAACUGGACGCUGGGCGAGCCCCUGUGUCGCCUGGUGAUAGCCGUCUUCUACGGGAACACGUACGGCUCGGUGCUGAGCCUGGCACUGAUCUCCUUCGACCGCUACCUGGCACUGGUGCACCCGAUCGGCGAGAUGGCGCUGCGCAGCUACCGCUUCUCCGUCUACAUGUGCAUAGCGGCAUGGGCGGUGGUCGUGGCCGCCAUGGCGCCCCUGCUGGCCACUCAACAGACCAACAGGCCUCAACAUCACCACCUGCCACGAUGCGCUGCCCGUGGACAAACAGGGCAGCUUCUUCCUUCCACAGAAGUUUGGUACAAAGGGUAAGAAAAAGAAGAAGUAUAAGAAGCCUAGGAAUAA